AUGCAAGAGGCAAACAGGACCCAAGUCUCUGAAUUCAUUCUCUUAGGAUUCUCAGAUCGUUCUGAAGUGGAGAUACCUUUGUUCUUGCUUUUCCUACUCAUUUACCUACUGACCCUGACAGGAAAUCUGGGUAUGAUUAUGCUGAUUCAGACAGAUUCCCUCUUUCAGUCUCCCAUGUAUUUUUUCAUCAGCAAUCUGUCUUUCAUUGAUAUCUGCUACUCUUCCAUCAUUGUCCCCAGGUUGCUGUAUGACCUUUUAGAUAGGAAAGUGAUUUCAUACACUGCAUGUGCAGCUCAGAUGUGGUUCUUCACCCUGUAUGCCACCACAGAGUGCUACCUCCUAGCUGCCAUGGCUUAUGAUCGCUUUGUUGCCAUCUGCAACCCACUGCUGUAUCCAGUCACCAUGGCCAAAAAAGUUUGUCUCCAGCUUGUAGCUGGCUGCUACCUAGUGGGAAUUGUGAAUGCCAUUGUCCAUGCCAGCGGUACCUUUAGAUUGACUUUCUGUGGCCCCAAUGAAAUCAGUUCUUUUUUCUGUGACAUCCCUCCCUUGUUACGGCUCUCCUGCUCCAACAACUACACUUCCACAGUGGUGCUCUAUGUCCUGUCCACUUUUGUUGUGGUAGGCAAUGCACUGAUUGUUCUCGUCUCCUACACUUAUAUCAUUUCCACCAUCUUGAAGAUGCGGUCAUCCACUGGUAGGCGCAAGACUUUCUCAACUUGCGCUUCACACAUGGUGGCCAUUAUAUUGUAUUAUGGGUCCCUGACCUUCAUGUAUGUGCAGCCUGGGGGGCUUGAGGCAGUGGAGCAAGACAAAAUUGUGUCUGUGUUUUACACCAUUGUGAUCCCAAUGUUGAACCCUGUCAUCUACAGUCUGAGAAAUGAGGAGGUGAAAAAAGCACUCAAGAAAAAACUAACCAAGAAAAAUGUUCUUCAGUAG